AUGGACCAGAAGGACGAUUUGGCUGUGGGUAGCAGCCAGGAUGGAGUGGCCGCGGGUAGCAGCCAAGGACGAAAGACUGGAGCAAUUCGAAAGACAGCGGCUGGUGGAAGCCGUAACCAGGACGAAGCGGCUGGUGGAAGCCGUAACCGAGGCGAAGCGGCUGGUGGAAGCCGUAACCGGGACGAAUCGGCUGGUGGAAGCCGUAACCGGGACGAAUCGGCUGGUGGAAGCCGCAACCGAAGCGAAGCGGCUGGUGGAAGCCGUAACCGGGACGAAUCGGCUGGUGGAAGCCGCAACCGAAGCGAAGCGACUAGUGGAAGCCGUAACCGAAGCGAAAUGACCGGUAGAAGCGGUAAUCAUGACCAAGCAGCUGGCAGAAGCCGCACUCGGGAUGAAGCGGUUGAUGAAAGCCGCAGACGAGACGAAGCGGCUGGUGGAAGUCACAGCCGUGACAGAGCGACUUGA